CCAUGUGGUGGGAGGGAAUCUUCGCUCUUGUGUGCUUCCUUCUGUUUAUGGAAAGCGCGGUGUGUUGGGUAUCAUAUGCUGGCUGGGAAAGAAAAGGAAAUGCAAGAUGACGCCUUCUGAUGCUUGUUCGUGAUGCUGAAUGUGAAAGGAAAAGCAAGAAGGAAAAAGGAAAAAGCGGUCUGCCAACUCGAAGGGUGGGCGAAUUCAACUCAAAAGGCCGGCUCUGGAGUUUUGUUCGCACCUUCCCUGUCGAGGAGGAAUCUUUUUUUUAUGUCCCGAGGAGAUGUCGGGGGCUUUUGUGUUUUUGUGUGCUGGGGUCUUGGUCUGCCGUGGUAUAAAGGGGUCGUCGUGGUUGGUAAGGCAAGGAAAGUUGAA